CACGACGCUCCAGACGUUUGAGACACGCGCAGCACGGAAAAUGUGACCGAACGGUCGUCGUAUCGUCGUACCUCGCCACCGGAGUCUCUAUUUCUGUGCCCGUCUCCCAAGUGACACCACCUGCUCCGAGAGCGAAAUUGUCAGAGGACACGGUUGACAUAAUUCCUACUACGCGCGCUGAUUCGGCAUUUGUGACACUUAUGAGCAGACGACACACGCGCGUGUCAGGACUCAUCGCGAUAUGAAGAUGUAAACGAGGACACGUUAAUCGGAAUUUAGUCGAGCAAGAGUGAUUUACACGCGCAUUUAUCGAUAUAUGCAUACGUUGAACACCUGCAGUGUACCAGAGUGAAGUGACGUUUCUGUCGAUUGUCAAGCGAAUUUUAUCGCCGUGAUGAAGCUGCACGAGAAGAAAGAAUCAGGCAUCCACAAAAUUCAAGAGGUGCCUCUUGAGGAACUGGAGUUAUCGAAGGAAUACAAUGUGGAGAAGACUCUGGGUGAGGGUAGCUUCGCGAAGGUCCUUCUGGCAACGCACAGGGCGACCCAGACAAGGGUGGUCCUGAAAGCGGUUCAUCAAGAACUCACGUCGGAGAAGGACUUCUUGCGAGAGUUUCAUUAUUCGUACCACCUAAGCCCGCACCCCAACAUACUCUGCUCAUACACAGUCGCCUUUAAGGCGGAGAAAUGUUUCGUCUUCGCGCAGGAAUACGCGCCCUACGGCGAUCUCGCUGGCAACGUGAAAGCGGGCGGACUCAGCGAGGAUGCCUGUAAGAGAAUCGCUGGCCAGCUUGCCUCAGCCCUCGAUUUCAUCCACUCGAAACAGCUGGCCCAUCGUGAUAUCAAGCUAGAGAACGUGCUAGUGUUCGCGCAGGACAUGAGCAAGGUGAAGCUAUGCGACUUCGGCUGCACAAAACGCGAGGGCGUCCUCGUGAAUAAGAUCCGUUGCACUUGGGUGCCGUUCCAACCUCCCGAGAUUCACGAGAUCAUCAAGAACGAGAGGUACGCUUGCAAGAGGAGCUCGGACUGCUGGCAGUUUGGCAUUGUCCUCUUCGUGUGUCUGACCGGCAACCCGCCGUGGCAGAGCGCCGAUCCAAUCCAAGAUCCAGACUACUCGGCCUUCCAAAGAUGGUUGAAGCGACGCACCACCAAGAUCCCACCGACCUUCCGUCGCUUUACUCCCAGGUUACUGCGAUAUUUCAGGCGAGCAUUCGAGCACAAGCCCGAGAAGAGGCCUCACGUGACCGAGAUCAACAAGUACCUAAAGGACUCGUGGUGUGUCAGUAAGAUCAGCCACAGUGCGACGUCGACGUCGGUCGAUGUCAGCGAGAGCCUCGCCAGGCGAGGCGACAGCCUGCUCUAUCUUGACACCAUAUUGGACGACAGGCACAACGUGGACGAGAACAAGAACAAGCUGAGAAAGUUGCUUAACAGUUACGGCCUGGAGACUACGGUGGACCAGAAGGUCGUCACCAAGAGGAUAUGGGAGUGGGUGAUGCAAUGCGACUCUAACAUAGACACAGAGUCGGGUCUGAUCGGCAGCUUCAGCACGGAGGACAUGUGAGAGAUAGUGAGAACUUCCAGCGAGCCGUGCCUUCGGGUCACCCAGGAGGAGCCAAUUAAGUUCCGAAUGGGCAGCUUUUACAUGCCGACCUCGUACAGACGUGCCAAAUAAUCAGCUGGAGCUACCUAGCCGAGAGAGACACUUUCCGGAAAAACUCAUUCGAAGAGUGUGCCGCGAAGAAAGCGGUACGCAAUUCUGUUCCAGCGAUGUUUCCAGAGUAUCGAAACGCUAAUCACAAGCGGACCAAUUACUGACGAACUUCUUUAAUGAGUAAGAAUAAAGAUUGCGGAAAAAUUCGAGAGACAAUGACAUUUGUAUUAAUAUUGGUGUUGAAAAAAAUGAUAUAAUUCGCAAUUAAUAUUCCCAAAAAAGUUAAUAAUGCAAAAAAUGUCAUAAAGAUGUUUAGACAUUUCGGUCUCUCAAGUAUUAUCUCUAUGUUUAUUAUGUUAUUUUAAGAAUUCGAACCAAAAGUGAGAUGUCUCUUGAUUAUAAGAUGCUCUAGCAAUUAAGUAUAAAUGUGAUAUAUAAAUAUCUAGAGAGAGAGAGAAAGAGAGAGAGAGAGAGAGAGAGAGAGAAAGUUUGCGAUCGAAAGAAUGUUGGUAAGCUGAUAAUUAGCUUGAUGUACUAAUAUAGAGACUAUAGAGACAAUAAUACCGGCAUAUGAUUUUUGCGUUAGUCAGUCGUUCAUUCGGUAAACCGAUGGUCUUAGUGAUGCCUUAUGCGCAAUUAAGCGCGAGGUUAAACAGUCAUUUAAAUAUAUUUUGUAUAUCAUUCAAAUCUGAAAUUCGUUUCUGUUUAUAUUAUAUGUAUAUUUAUUGUUAGUGUAAUCGCGAUUGUUAGGCAAAAAAUAAGGAAACAAGAAGACUGUAUAAUCCAGGGAUUCCUAGACUGGAGAUCAUAACUCCAAACGUAGCGUAGUUCGUGAAAAUAUUUUCGGAAACAAUCCAUUUUUAUUCCAAUAAUAAUUAAUAAUUGGAAAAUGGGGAGAAAAAUUAAUUGCUACGUAAAUUAAAAAAGAUGUGUCGUUCUAUCUUUCAAAAUUUUUAUCACAAUAGGUAUUCAUAUCGAGAAAACAAGCGCUGAAAACGUUUAAGAAUCUAGCAUAGCCGAAUAUAAGGGUCACAACGCGAGAUCGGCGAUUAUCGGAAAUAUCGUUAACAACAAGAUGUAAAUCACACAAAUGUAGAUACAUUUACAUGGAUUAGGUAUGUAUUCGCAUUCGUGCUAGACAUGUACAUACAUAUAUGUGUGUACGUAUAUAUGUAGGCAAAUAUAGUACACAUAUAUUCUUGUAGCAGUUUAUGGUGUAGCGCAUAGAGGUUCCGUUUGUACAAUUAGUUACGCCAUUUCGUAACGGUGAUAUAGGUACAGCGUAAUAUUGCAUGCACGUUGCGAUUCCAACGGUUAUAUAAUAGACUUUCGUUAACGAUCUCGCAUUAAAACGCCCACAAGCCCCCGCGGAUAACAACAUGUGAAACGGGCUUUUAGCGACGACUCGGUUGCCAAGUUCAUCGCUUGCUUCUUGCAAUUGAGUAUCUUAAUCCACACGACUUAAUUGAUCAGAGUUAUAAUCAGAGAUUUACAUAAUAAUUCCGUUAUAAUUAUAUCAAUUACAAUCUACAAAUAACGGAAUCGAUUUCUAGUCACACACUUGUGAUCGUACGGUAAAUCGGUCUGGACUGAUUUGUAUUUUAUGAAUAUCCGAAUUGCGCGAACGCAAAAUUAUAAGACUGAACUAGAAAAGCUCCAAAAGCUCCAAAUUGAAGAAAAAGAGGGCGUCGGUUUAUUUUUAUUCGCUUCCGACGCACGUAAUUUUCCGCGGAUAUAAAAUUACCAAUAAAUAAAUCGCAACGUGUGGGACUCGUGCACGAUCUCUCCCCUAGGAUCCCGCAAGUGGAUCGUCAUCUGAAUGAGGUACACUCGUAAGAAUCGGCGUAAAGAACGCGCUAAUGAUCGGAAUCCAUGCGAAUUGCGUGUUUCUAUAUAUUUGUACGUUGAAUGUGGGAGUAUAUACGCGCGCGAGCAUUACGACCCGCUCUACAAUAUUCGGACAAUCAUUAUUAUCUCACUGCUAUUCUUCCGUAUUGUCCGAAUUGACUGAGUGAUAAUAUAAAAGAGUGGAGGAGCUUUUGCAAGAAAGCCAGCGCGCAUAGCCUCCAUUAAUACGAAGCAAUGUUUUGUAUAUAUUGAAAUAAAUCUUAAGAUUGUAUAAACUUGAUA